AUGUUUUCGACAUUCACGGGAAAUUCGCGUCGACCGCGCAACGUCAACCUGAGCGGUGCCGCCGGCAACCCUUUCACUAAUACAUCAUGGACUCCUGCCGCGGCAUCGAAUGCUACCAAGACCGUAACGAACGCGCAAGCCGACCGAGAGAGGCGACAGAUAGAGCGCCGCAAGCUCAAAGCUGCGAAGGACGUGCAAAGAGUGUGGAGGGGCCAUGUUGCAAGAUGUCGGCUUGCUGACAGUCGAAGAACGGUGUUCGAUAACCUCCCUGCGUAUAGCGACCAGACCGACAGCGACCGCCUUACCCACUCGAUGAUCCUUCUUCUAUCAUUCUUCAGCAUACGAAGGCCAGAUGACCUCGACCGGCUCUUCAGGCUGGCCAGCGCACUUUCCAGCCUCAAUAUUGGUCAGGGCGGGCAAGCUCCGCAAGAUGCUCACCGACUGCUCCGAUUCUUACGGAUUCUACUGGCAGGCAUAAAGAAAAGCUGUGAGGGUUCUGGGACUCAAAAAGGCUCAGAUCUCGAACGGCUUGCCGGGCUUUUGCGACUGGCGGCCCGCUUGUUCAGCUCGCUUCCUCAAGCCCCAACCACUUUGGCGAACGACUACUAUGAUACGCUUGUCCCAGUCCUUCACACGCUCCUGGGCACUCACCCAGACUCAGAUAUGCUGCUGCGUGACAUGGUUGUCCUUCCGCUGCAAAUAGCAGACUCAUCGACAGUUGCCGAUCAUCAAACGUGUAUUUACUCAAGCCUGGCAUACCGACUCUUGAGUCAGCCUAGCUCGCAUACGUUUCAGUCACAAUUACCGCAAAUCGCACAAACUCUGAACGUCUCAAGACUUUGCUCCACCGUCUCCAGUACGUACGGGUCUGCCACGCUUCCCGAAAACGGACGACUGUGGCUCUUGGCUCAUUUGAUCGAAUUGCUGGACUGUACUCCUGAAGAUAAGAAAGUGGUGAUCCUAGGGGCUCUGCAGCUUCAGCUAUCAGCGCUGUCCGAGGUGGUGAAGGAAGGGUCAUUUCCCGAUCCAUAUAUCCACACUCGGAUAUGUUCGCUGGUUGACCAAAGGGGAAUUGAUCAGCUUGUCAAAGACAUAUCGUCUGAGGCAUCGUCAUCAACCGGCACACAGGAGUCUGCCGCACCAUUUGCGGCCUACACGUUAACCUUGCUCUCGAGCUUCCCAUCGCAGGCGGAUGAUAUUCGCAUGCGUCUGCUACUGUCAACGCCCGACCACAAUCGGAACGACUCUUCGUCCUCUAUUGUGAAGUAUUUUUGGCGAGAGGUGUGUGGGACACGGCUCUUCACUGAGGUACAGCACGGCGCAGAGACUUCUCUCAAAGUCAUGCACCAGUUGUCUCAGCAGGACAUGUCAAAAGACGAUCAACAUGGCUGGACAUCCCUGCUCAUGUUCCUGGGUCUCUACAUAUUCGUGCUCCGGAUUAGCGAUGAUGACGACUUCUUCAGCCAGAUCCAAGCCUCACCAUUUCAAGACGCGCAGCCACUAUCACAGGCCAGGAAAAGCAGCUUAGGCUUGAACGACUUGCUGUCACUGACCACCUUCCUCAAAAACGCCAGCUACGUUCUACACUAUCACGCCCAUAGGUUGCAGUCGUCGCGGUCAAGCCAAAGCCAUAACACUCCGGUGACAGGAGUGGUAGAUCUUGAUGAGCUCAGGGCGCUUGUGACAACAGCGGUCAAGAUGCUCUACGAGAGGGAUUCCCGGAAGCAGUUCUUGCCCCAAGGGCACUGGCUCAUGCCAACACAACUCCCACCGGGCGAACUCAGAGCGGCCGUGAUCAUGGAGGACCAACGUCAAGCUGCCGAGGAUGCAAGCUCUGAUGAGGACGAAGAUUCCGGGUGGGAGGCAGAUCUUGAGAGUCGCGUUCUCACGAACCCUUAUGCACGUGCUGAACGCAUGCGGCUUGAAAGACGCCGGAAAGCGAGGGACCACCGUCUUGCGGAAUCGGGCCCCAAGCUGGAGGUUCUGCGACACAUCCCCUUUGUCGUUCCUUUCGACACCCGCGUCGAGAUCUUCCGCGAAUUCAUUCGCAAUGACAUAGCGUCAAGACAUCAAGUAGACGCUCGUGGUUUUGACAUCGGAGGCUUCCAGGCUAAGCACGACGCUUCGAUCAGACGAGGGAGCCUGUUUGAGGACGCUUUUGAAAGCUUUUAUCCCAUAGGCGAUGGGCUCAAGGACUUGAUUCGAAUCACGUUUGUCGACCAGUUCGGGGAGCCUGAGCCAGGAAUCGAUGGCGGUGGCGUCACAAAGGAGUUUCUGACGAGCGUGACUAUGGAAGCAUUCGAGCGGGGAAACAUGUUUGUUUCCAACGAGAAAGGAUUAUUGUAUCCAGACCCCACGGCUGUUGAUGUGCUGCGUCAUAGCAUGAAGCAGCAUGAUCUACCGGCAGACUCCCAGGCCCAGGUGCUCAAGAAGAUGCUGCAACGAUAUGAGUUCCUGGGUCGGAUUAUCGGCAAAUGCCUGUAUGAGGGCAUCCUGGUCGACCUCAUUUUCGCGGGAUUCUUCCUUCUCCAGUGGCCUUCCUCAGGGGAAAAGAGCACUUACAAGGGGAGUGUGAAUGAUUUGAAAGACAUGGACGAGGACCUUUACAGGGGACUCAUGCGUCUCAAAAACUAUUCGGGGGACUUUUCGGAGCUGGACACCAACUUCACCAUUGAAGACCAAAUAACACCCAAAGGAGAGGCGACUCAGACAGUCACAAGGAACCUCAUCCCCAACGGCGAUCAAACCAGUGUCACCAUGGACAACCGCUUGUUGUACAUCUCCUACGUGGCACGCCAUCGCCUCGUUGCCCAGGGUGCAGCGCAGACCGCAGCUUUCCUACGCGGACUUCGCCAGAUCAUCAAGCCGCAUUGGUUGUCCAUGUUCAACCAAGUCGAGUUGCAGCGUCUCGUGGGCGGCGAUUCCACGGAGAUUGACGUCGAGGAUCUGCGCCGGAACACGUACUGUAGCGGCGUGUACGAGAUCGGCGACGAUGGGCUGGAGCACCCUACAGUGGCGCUCUUCUGGAAGGUACUCAAGGAAGACUUUACGGAUGCGCAACGACGAGACGUACUAAAGUACGUGACCUCGACGCCGAGAGCUCCAUUGCUGGGAUUCUCGCAGCUGGUGCCCAGAUUCAGCAUCAGAGACGCUGGCACGGAUGAGACAAGACUUCCCAGUGCGAGUACCUGCGUGAAUCUGUUGAAGCUUCCCAGAUACAAGACAAGGAAGGUGUUGCGAGAGAAACUGUUGUAUGCGGUUUCCUCCGGGGCAGGGUUUGACUUAAGCUAA